ACAUGUAUGCAUACUACAUUUAAUCUAAAUUUUGUUCCCACGGGAGGGAAAAGAAAAAAAAAAAGAAAAAAAAAAGAAAAAAGAGAAGAGCAUCUUCUCACCGCUGACGUCACCCUCUCCCUCCUCACCCCCUAUAUAAGAACGAGAAGAGAAAUACUAAGCUCAACCUCUCUCUCUCUCUGUUGUUGAAUUCAUAAAUAUAUAAUUAAGAGAGCCAUUCCAUUUUUUCGGCUUAGUUAGUUGCAUAUAUGGAGCAGCUACGUCGGCAGCAGCAGCAUUUCCUGGUGGUGACCUACCCGGCACAAGGCCAUAUCAACCCGUCCCAACACCUGGCGCGGCGCCUCGCCCGUUCCACCGGCGCCCGCGUCACCUUCUCCACCGCCGUCUCCGCACACCGCCGCAUGUUCCCCUCCCUCUCUUCCCCCGACCAAGAGUUCUCCGACGGCCUCCUCUCCUACAUUCCCUACUCCGACGGCUCCGACGACGGCAUCAAACGCAGCAGCAGCAACAACAACAAAGAUGCCGCCGCCGACAACCCGAUGUUGCGUCUCAAGCAGGUUGGGACGAGGACCCUCUCCGCGGUGCUCGACCGCCUCUCGGCGCGCGACGAGCGGGUGACGUGCGUCGUGUACACGAUCCUGCUGCCGUGGGUCGCCGACGUGGCGCGGGCCCACGGCGUCCCCGCGGUGCUCUGCUGGAUCCAACCCGCCACCGUGCUCGCCAUCUACUACCACUACUUCCACGGCUACGACGGCGUCGUCGCCGCCGCCGCCGCGGCCCACGCCAGCGAUCCUGCCCACACCGUGACCCUGCCGGGGCUCGCGCCCCUCAGAAUCCGCGACCUCCCCUCCUUCCUCGCCACCACGUCCGAGGACGAUCCCUACGCGGCCGUCCUCGACGACUUCAGGGAAACGUUCGAUGCGAUCGAGCGUGGCGACGACGGAGCCGACGCCGCUGGGGGUAAGACGACCGUUUUGGUGAACACCUUCGACGCGCUGGAGCCCAACGCGCUCAAAUCCGUCGAGGACCUAAACCUAAUCGCGGUCGGACCCGUGAUCCCGUCCCUAGCAGCCCUAGAGGGCGGCGCCGCGGAGUCCAAGGACCUCUUCGCCCCCGACGAGAAGCAUUACAUGGAGUGGCUCGAUGGGAAGGCGGAGGGGUCGGUGGUGUACGUGUCCUUCGGGAGCAUGUCCAUGGUGAAGAAGCGGCAAAUGGAGGAGAUGCGCAAGGGCUUGAAGGAGAGCGGGAGACCGUACCUGUGGGUGGUGCGGAAGGACAACAAGGAGGCGGAGUCGAUCGAGCCGGAGGAGCCGGAUCAGAAGGGGAUGGUGGUGGAGUGGUGCUCCCAGGUUAGGGUUUUGAACCACGCCGCGGUGGGGUGCUUCGUGACGCACUGCGGAUGGAACUCGACGGUGGAGAGCGUGGCGGCGGGGGUGCCCACGGUGUGCGUGCCCCAGUGGACGGAUCAGGGGACGAACGCGUGGCUGAUGGCGGAGGAGUGGGGGAUGGGGGUGAGGGGGGAGAUCAACGGCGAGGGCCUGCUGGAGGGGGAGGAGCUGAGGAGGUGCCUGGAGGUGGUGAUGGGGGAGGGGGAGAGAGGGGCGGAGAUAAGGAGGAGGGCGCAGAUGUGGAAGGACAAGGCCCGGGAGGCUAUCGGGGACGGAGGAUCCUCCCAGCGGAACCUGCGGGCUUUUGUGAACCAGAUCGCCAACCGCAAUUAGUUACAAUCAAUUUAAUACCUUCCUUUUUUCUUUUUUUUUUUUUUUUUUUUUUGAUAUUUUUGAUAUUGUGUGAUUGAAUUGCUAGUGAUGCAUACGAAAAGUGCGAGAAAUAUAAAUUGAUCUCUCACUGUAACGGGUAGUGGAAACUGUACUAAUAAAUCCAUGCAUGGCUCUCUAGACUCUAGUGUACUAUUUUCUUUGUUGGGUCUACA